AAGUAUAAAAACUAGGUUAGAUGAUUGAUUUCAAGAAAAAGUGGAGAUUGAUAAAUUACCUCUUUUAUAGUAUCAAUGAAUGUGUUCUUUCUUUAUCUUUAUAAUUUGUCAGAAUUCUGAUAUAUCCAUACAAUCAGAGCUUCGAUCAGUUCAAUAUAAAAUAUUUGAUGGAUUACGACUAUCUCAUAAAAUUUCUGACUUUGGGAGAUUCUGGAGUCGGAAAAACAAGCUUUCUAUAUCAGUACACUGAUGGCUGUUUCAAUUCUAGAUUCAUAUCAACUGUUGGAAUCGAUUUUAGGGAAAAACGAUUGCUUCACAUGUCCAAAGGGAAAAACUACAGGAUACAUUUACAGCUUUGGGAUACAGCAGGACAAGAAAGAUUCCGAAGUUUGACAACAGCAUUCUAUAGAGAUGCAAUGGGAUUUUUGCUUCUAUUUGAUUUAACUAGCGAGCAGUCAUUUAUAGAAAUUCGAAGCUGGGUUGAACAACUCAGGUUACACGCUUACUGCGAUGCACCAGAUGUCGUUUUGUGCGGCAACAAAUGCGACCUAGAAGAUAAAAGGGUAGUUGCUGAAUGGCGAGCUAGAGAUAUGGCAGAAAAAAAUGGACUUCCCUAUUUGGAGACUAGUGCUGCCACUGGUCAGAAUGUUUCAAGGGCAGUGGAAACCCUUUUAGAUUUGGUAAUGGUCAGGAUGGAGAAUGCUGUAGAUAUUGGUACUAUCCCGGAUAGAAGGGGCAGAUGCUUCGGACCUGAAAGUGUUGAUCUAUCCGCUCCGCCUGUAAAAAAAUGUGGCUGCCAGAAAUGAGAAUAUCCUACCUCAAUUAUAAGUCGAUGCUCCCAGUUUGUAUCAAGCGUAAACUGUAUUAUCUGUGUACGUGUGUUUCUAACGCAUUUAUAUACUUAAUGAACUUGUUAUACCAUAUAUUUAUAUAGGGAGAAAUGUUGAAUGAUAUAAUGUUUCAAUAAAGAAAUGAUAUGUUUAUCGAAGAAG